CCUUGCAUUGCAUUUCUCCAGCAGCGGACUAAGCAGGCCCCUCGCAGCCGCUACACGGUGGCCCCAGGCCGGGCUCAUUCCCACCACAGACCCGGCAGGUGUGACUGUGGUGGUUUACCGGAGAACGGCGGGCUCCACAACCGCCUCUGGAUGCUAGAUUUGCUCCGCGGGAGAAGCCGAUGCAAUCCUAAUCAAAGUGCGACACACACACACACACAAGCCCAUGCACAUGAUAAACGGGCCUCGCUUGCAGUGCAACUUGGCGUGUUCUGCCUCUCUGCAGGGGCUCGGGGUGGAUAAUCAGAGGUGAGGCUGGGGGAGUAUUGUCUGGCGGAGGGUGACGCGCACUUUGCUGUCAGACGAGGAAGUGAGGGUGCUCACACACGCCCAUUCUCAGCCUGUCGUCCCUUGCUAAAGCAAAGAGCUUCCCAUCAGAUAACAGCAACAGACUUUAUAAACAUGCGGGCACUUUCGGGGGGACAGCACCGGGAAUAAGCUGCAGGACGAAGCCGAUUUUCAGCGAGUGUUGAAUGAUGGACAGGGAGCUGGUUCGUGGGAGCCAAUCUGAACAUGGAGAGUCCACCAAUGGGACCACGCCAGACACCUCCACCCCUACGACCCCCACCCCCCCUCGCCUCACCCCCAACCCCAUGCUCCUCGACUCCCCUGCACCCACGGUGACUCCCACCACCUCCUCCCCUCCUCCCCCUCUCACCCCUGCUCCCUCCAUCUCUGCAGCACACAUACCGAAGGCGGCGGGGGCGGCUGCUCCUCCAUCUCCCCACCUCCUCAUCCCUGCUCCUCCUAAACUCACCUCCACCGCCACACCGGCCCUCCGCACCUACUCCCGCCCCAUCCUCCCCUCCAAAACAUCUCCCACCAUCCCCUCCUCUCCUGUUGUAGCCAGCUCCUCCCUCCUCUCUUCUUCUUCUUCUUCUUCUUCUUCUACCUCCACCACCCUCUCAACCAAGACCUCCACCAGCCUCACCAACGGGAACACAAGGCCCACCCCCAUCUCCACACCCAUCACACCCUUUCACACACCAUCCAGUCCACCUGGAAGACAGGUAUCACAAGUUCACCCUGCGGGCACACCUGGUCUUGUGCGAGCCAAUCAGAGUGCCUCCCCAGUGCGGCAAAGGGUAUCCCAGCAGACCCUGCUCCUGGGGAAAGGUCUCAAAGGGUGCGGACAAGACCAGGUGCUGCUCAGAGCUCAGAUGCUGAUUCUUACGUCUGCUAUGCGACCUGCACUCUCCUCUUCUUCUUCUUCCUCCUCCCCCGCCUCCUCCUCCCCUCUUUACUCUAACCCUGCCUCCGCUCAGCUCCAGAGUCUCACCCUCAGGCCUCCUCCCCCCGGGGUCCUCACCAUCCCUCCCUCACUCCGCCUGAAGACACCCUGCUCCGCCCCGCCUCCCCUCUCUCGCCCUCACGCCCCCAUCUUCCCCCCCCUAAGGCCCCGACCACAGUCUUGCAGCACAGAGACCCCCAACACGCCGAGCCGUCACCUCUCCGUCCCCCCGCCAACUCUGUACUCUCCCGUGCGAGCCGUCCCGCUGCGCCCCCGGCUCCACUCUCCAAACGGACACCGGGUGGUGUCCUCUCGUCAAACCUCGACCCUUCAACCCAUUGCUGCAGCCCCCGUCUGCCAGGCCCCCCCCACUCGCUCGCCACUGUCUGCACUGAAGAGCUGUCCGUUAACCCAGACUCUGCUCGGCCAAUCACAGCACAGUUCCUUACCCGGGACCACGUCUGCUUCCUCUCACUUUGAGCGCACGCCGUCUGCGGCGAGGCAGCUGCAGAUCAUCGCCCUCUCCUCGGGACGCCAGACCAAGCCUUGCACGUACCCCCCCGCUGCAUUAGCCCCUCCUACUGUGGAGGUGCAGGAGAAGCCAAGCCAAUCAAAGAGGACGUUGAGCGGCGAAUACGUCCUUCCUCUUCCUCGUCCUCUGAUGCCCUCGUUGCCAAAAAACAGCUCGCCUCCAUCCCUCCUGAGUCCGGCUUCCCCUCCUCAAACACAAACUCUUCUCCGGAGAGGAGAGGGGAGGGAGGAAGAGGAGCAGAGAGAAGGAGGAAGAGGGAGAGAGGGAGACAGAGAGGAGCUGAGGGGGGAGAAAGACGACCAAAGAGGGAAAGAGAAACAGAAGCUCCCUCCUGAGAGGGAAGAAAGCAUCGUUGGUCAGAAGAAAGAGGAAGAGGAAACAGUCAGAGUGGAAGAGCACAUGGAAGUGACGGAGGAAGGCCAAAGUGAUGGACAGAAGGCGGGGAAAAAGAUGGAGGAGGAAGGAGAGAGCGCCAUGGACCAGUCUGAGAGUCUCCAUCAGGACCAGAACUUAGAUACUGACCCUGUUGAAGACGAGGAACAGAAACCAGUCCUGGGUCCAGCUCCAGAGUCUCUGCAGCCGGGCGGUCAGGAGGACUUCAGUGAGGACAUGUCCACUCAGUCUGACAACCAAUCAGCGUUAUCCAGCCUCUCCUCCCAGUCUCCCCCCUCCUCACCCUUCAUCUCCCCCUCUGGAGAACCCCAUCCUCCCCUCCUCCCCCCUCAGCCUGCCCUCCCUACUGACCUCAGCCAAUCACAGCCCGAGAGGGAAAGAGUUGCAAAAUCAAACGGCGAGUCGCAGCCACCAGAAACGGCGACGGAGCCCCUCGGCCAAUCAGGAGACGAGUCGGAGAACUUGGACCAAUCGCUAAGUAGCCCCUGGGAACCGGGGGCGUGGCCUGAGGGGAGGCAGGUGCUGACUCACCUGGUGGAGGGCUUCGUCAUCCAGGAGGGGCUGCAACCUUUUCCAGUGAACCGCUCGUCCCUGCUGGUUCCCGCGCGGGUCUCCACGCCACAGGAAGUGAACGGGACCAACGGCAGCGCAGAACUUCCUGUGACGGACACAGAGAAACCAGCUGAGCACUGCAUCGAGUCAGAGGGGGAGGUGGGGGGAGACGCAGAGGACCCCGACAAGAGUCCGGUACAAAGGGACAGGACGGUGCUGCACUGUCAGUUCUGCGGGAAGCGAGGCCACGCGCACAACUUCAUGCGGUCCAAACGCUUCUGUUCCACUUCCUGUGCACGCGGGUUUAACGUGCGUCUGACGAAGCGUCUGCGGGCUCUGAGCGCAGGGAGCCGGUCUGAAAGGCCCCGACCCGCUCUGAACAGGGCCGAGUCCGUCCCGGGGAAGCCUCUUUUACUGAGACUGCCUCGUGAUCUGUGGAGCGCCGGGCGGCGAGAGAAGGAGGGGAAGGAGAAGGCGACGGAGGCAGAAGAAGAUGAGGAGGAGGAAGAGGAGGAGGAGGAGGAAGAAGAGGAAGAAAUGGAGGGAGGGGGAGAGGAGGAAGAUGAUGAGGGGGAAGAAGAUCCUGCUGUCGCCAUGACGGCCAGGAUGGAGCGGCGGGCGGCGAGGAGAGCGAGGAGGGCAUCCGCCCCCCCGCUGACCACGCCCACCCCCAAACCAACGAGCACCUUCAGACCCCCCCCCACCCAGUGGAGCGUGGAGGAGGUCACCGCCUUCAUACACACACUGCCAGGCUGCAGCGACGUGGCCGAGGCGUUCCGGCUGCAGGAGAUCGAUGGCCAAGCUCUGCUGCUGCUCACUGAGGACCAUCUGAUGACCAGCAUGAACAUCAAACUUGGACCAGCACUCAAGAUCUGCGCUCACAUCAACACACUGAAAAACCAAUGAGAGACAAAAACAGACAAAAAAUCAAGCAAUGGAGGAAGUUAAAUGUGAAGAGAAAGGAGAGUUUUUAUGAAAAGCUGACACCAAGGAUGACAGAACAAAGUCACAAAAAGAGGUUCACGGUAAUUUAUGAGAUUAUAAAUCAAGGUGUGGCCUUAGGGAACAGAAAAAAAGUCCGGAAGAAAUUCAAUCCGUUCUGGGGCUGUAGCACGAGAGAUUUUUGUAACUUUGUGUAUAUUUUACAUGCCGCUGGAGAGUGUAAAUUUGAAGCUAUUUCAUGAAGGAUUUUGAACAUUUAAUAUAUAAAAUUUGUCUAUUUAGUUUUUUUAGAAUGUGACGUCAACGACAAAUCUAUUCAGUAGCUAACAUAACCGGUGUGUGUAAAAAUAAUAAUAAUAAUAAUAAUAACACGUAGACUUUGUAAGUGAUUCAUGAAAGUUUAAUGUUUUAUAUCACUAUAUUCUCGACAAAAACAUGUCUGUGGAUUAAAAAAAAGUCACUAUCAGGGUAGAGGCUGGUGUCUUUAAUCAUCACAUUUUUAUGGUAUCAUGCCUGAAAUUAUUUAAUAAAUAAAUAAUUAAUCAAAACGA